AAAAGAAAAAAGAGAAAAUAAGAAGAAAAAGAAAGGGGAAAAGCGAAAGCAAGCCCUGUUGCUGAUCUGAACAGAGCGCAGUCGUGGUGAUCGGCAACAUCUCCUCAAUUAUCUAUGGCGGCGACUACAACUGCGGCAGUCUCAUGGCAACCUCAAGAAGCAGGCUUCAAGGAGAUCUGCGGCUUACUCGAACAACAAAUCUCUCCUUCUUCUGAUAAGUCUCAGAUAUGGCAGCAACUCCAGCACUACUCUCAGUUCCCCGAUUUUAAUAAUUAUCUCGCCUUCAUCCUCGCUAGGGCUCAGGGUAAGCCAGUGGAGGUUCGGCAGGCAGCUGGAUUGCUUUUAAAAAACAAUCUACGAACCGCAUUCAAGUCGAUGCCUUUAACAAAUCAGGAAUACAUAAAAGCCGAGUUGUUACCAUGUUUAGGAUCAACAGAUAGACAAAUCAGAUCUACAUCCGGAACAAUCAUUAGUGUUGUUGUUCAGAUUGGGGGAGUUUUAGGAUGGCCCGAGUUGUUGCAUACACUUGUCAAGUGUUUGGAUAGUAAUGACAUGAUCCAUAUGGAAGGUGCUAUGGAUGCUUUGUCGAAGAUUUGUGAGGAUAUUCCUCAAGUUCUGGAUGCUGAAAGUCCCGGAUCAUCUGAACGGCCCAUUGAUACAUUUCUUCCAAGAUUACUUCAGUUAUUUCAGUCUUCAAAUGCCACUCUUAGAAAGCUUGCGUUGGGUUCUGUAAAUCAGUACAUUAUGUUGAUGCCACCAGUUUUGUAUAUGUCUAUGGAUACAUACCUGCAAGGUUUGUUUAUUCUUGCUAAUGAUCAAUCAUCGGAAGUACGGAAAUUGGUUUGUUCGGCUUUUGUUCAGCUAAUCGAAGUUCGUCCUUCUUUCCUCGAGCCACAUUUGCAUAAUGUAAUUGAAUACAUGCUACAAGUGAACAAGGACCCUGAUGAUGAAGUGUCACUUGAAGCCUGUGAAUUUUGGUCUGCAUACUGUGAAGCACCAUUACCACCUGAGAAUUUAAGAGCAUUUUUGCCACGGUUGAUUCCUGUUUUGUUGUCAAACAUGGCUUAUGCAGAUGAUGAUGAGUCACUACUAGAUGCAGAGGAGGACGGCUCUCUUCCAGACAGGGAUCAGGAUCUGAAGCCACGUUUCCAUUCAUCACGUUUUCAUGGAUCAGAUGAUGCUGAAGAUGAUGAUGAUGACAUAGUGAAUAUAUGGAACCUCAGAAAGUGCAGUGCUGCUGCCUUGGAUAUAAUCUCUAAUGUGUUUGGUGAUGAGAUUCUUCCAACUUUAAUGCCUUUUGUCCAGUCCAAAUUAUCUUUAUUAGACGAUGCUAGUUGGAAAGAGAGGGAGGCUGCAGUUUUAGCUCUUGGUGCCAUAGCCGAGGGUUGCAUAAACGGUCUUUAUCCUCAUCUUUCAGAGAUUGUAGUCUUCCUAAUUCCCCUUUUGGAUGAUAAGUUUCCAUUGAUACGGAGCAUUUCUUGUUGGACACUUUCACGCUUUAGCAAAUUCAUUGUCCAGCAGGGCGCUGGUCACCGAGAGGGACAUGAACAGUUUGAAAAGGUUCUCACAGGUCUUCUAAGAAGAAUUUUGGAUGAUAACAAGCGUGUGCAGGAGGCUGCUUGUUCGGCUUUUGCAACUCUUGAAGAGGAAGCUGCUGAUCUUUUGGCACCAUGUUUGGAGAUCAUUUUACAGCACCUGAUGUGCGCAUUUGGCAAGUACCAGAGGAGGAAUCUCAGAAUCGUUUAUGAUGCUAUUGGUACUUUAGCAGAUGCAGUUGGUGACGAAUUGAAUCAGCCUAAAUACCUUGAAAUUUUGAUGCCGCCUCUAAUUGCAAAGUGGCAACAACUUUCAAAUUCAGACAAGGACCUUUUCCCGCUUUUGGAGUGCUUUACAUCCAUAGCACAGGCAUUGGGUAGUGGAUUCUCGCAAUUUUCUCAGCCUGUUUUCCAGAGAUGCCUAGACAUUAUCCAGGCACAACAGCUUGCCAAGGUUAAUCCUGCUUCAGCUGGGGUGCAGUUUGACAAAGAAUUCGUUGUUUGUUCAUUGGAUCUUCUUUCCGGACUGACUGAAGGUCUUGGUAGCGGAGUAGAGAGUCUGGUAUCACAAAGUAAUUUAAGGGAUCUCCUUCUACAAUGUUGCUUGGAUGACAGUGCUGAUAUCCGUCAAAGUGCCUUUGCAUUGCUUGGAGACCUUGCAAGGGUUUGUCCAGCUCAUUUGCGCCCUCGCUUACCUGAGUUUCUUGAUGUAGCUGCCAAGCAACUGAAUACACCCAAACUAAAGGAAACCAUCUCUGUUGCAAAUAAUGCAUGCUGGGCUAUUGGGGAAUUAGCUAUUAAGGUUAACCAAGAAGUUUCUCCUGUGGUGAUGACUGUAAUUUCAUGCUUAGUCCCAAUCCUACAACAUGCCAAGGGGCUCAAUAAGUCACUCAUCGAAAAUAGUGCCAUCACCCUGGGUAGACUUGCCUCAGUUUGCCCGGAGCUUGUAUCACCCCACAUGGAGCACUUCAUGCAAUCAUGGUGUAUUGCUUUAGCUAUGAUUCGCGAUGAUAUUGAAAAGGAGGAUGCUUUUCGAGGGCUAUGUGCAAUGGUUAAAGCAAACCCAUCAGGGGCUUUGAGUUCACUUGUUUUCUUGUGUAGAGCUAUUGCUAGUUGGCAUGAAAUUAGGAGCGAGGAUUUACACAAUGAAGUGUCACAGGUGCUGCUUGGUUAUAAGCAGAUGCUGAAGAAUGGAGCAUGGGAGCAGUGUAUUUCUGCAUUGGAACCACCUGUACAAGAGAGGCUGUCAAAGUAUAAAGUAUAGUUUUCGGUGGGCAAUUUGGUCAUUUAUCAAAGUGUUCUUUUUUUCAUACAUUCUUUUGGAGCUGUGAAUUUCAAUCUCUCUCUCUCUAUUAGACAGACUCUCCAUGUUGUGCAUUAUCGACGAAAGCCAAAUUUUGCUUUUCCCCAAUGCAAAGCACACGAUUUAACGCUGCAACUUGUUUGAAAUCCGAGAGGAAGAAAUUAGGUUUACAUGGGAAUGGAUUUGGUGUACAGGGGCCUUUUCAACAUAAUCCCCUCUUAGCUAGGGGUUUUUUUUGUCUUUUCUGUUUUUUCUUCAUUUUUACAUAUUGUGAUUGCUACUAUGCAUCUUGCAUUGGGUACUCGUUUUUUCAUCUGCGAUGACAUGUUAGGGGAUUGGUUUCUGCUUUAGUUUUUUUUUUUUUUUUUAAUUCUAUCGGUUUUGGGUUUGAAGUGAUUGGAAAGCUGUAUUUUUACUGUAAUUGUAUCAAAUUGGGUUUGAUUACUUUGUGACAGUGAAGAUUGUACUAUAUGGUGAGUUCUUAUGUUUGCUG